UCUGUCGUGCUCGUGAGGCAGCCGGCCGCCGGUUUCCCUUCUCUACAUCUCAUUCUUCUUUCCGGCAGCCAGCGAGCUAGUGCGACGGCAGGAGUGAGCGGCGCACCUGAGAAAGGGGAACAGCGGAACCGGCGGAACUGUCCAAGUCAGUGAGCGCGGAGGACUCCCUGCGAUUGCUUCCAUUUGCGCACGUAGCUUAGGCCGUCGCACCCGCAGCACCCUCCCGGCGUGAACGUGUAGUCGACCUUUUUGACCUCUUCCGUGCUCCACCGCAACACGCGCCUUCUCCCCGUGAACAUGGCGAGUGCCGUCCGACACAAGUUGUUUAGCUCGCUUCCAAAGAAUGCGUACUGCGGGGCGACUUCCCUGCGGGCUUGCUCGUGGUGGACGCACGUCGAGAUGGGCCCGCCGGACGCAAUUCUGGGCGUCACGGAAGCCUUCAAAAAGGACACCAACCCCAAGAAAAUGAACCUGGGCGUCGGUGCGUACCGCGACGACACCGGCAAACCGUACGUGCUCCCGAGCGUACGCAAAGCCGAAGAAAUCCUCAUGUCCCGCAAACAGGACAAAGAGUACCUUCCCAUCGGUGGGCUCGGGGACUUCUGCACGGCGGCCGCUCAGCUGGCAUUCGGAGAAGACAGCCCGGUGCUGAAGAACAAGCUGAACACGACCGUGCAAGGUAUCUCCGGCACGGGAUCGCUCAUGAUCGGCGCUUUCUUUUUGGGCCAAUUCUUCAAGGGCAACCGCGAAAUCUACAUGCCGACUCCGACGUGGGGCAACCAUAUCCCCCUCUUCAAACGCGCGGGGCUAACGGUCAAACAAUACCGCUACUACGACCCCAAGACGUGCGGCUUCGACUUCAGCGGUGCUUUGCAAGACAUCGCCAAAAUCCCCGAAGGCUCCAUCAUCCUGCUGCACGCGUGCGCCCACAACCCCACGGGCGUCGACCCCAAAUUCGAGCAGUGGAAGGAAAUCUCGCGGAUCAUUAAGAGCCGGCGGCUUUUCCCGUUCCUGGACAUGGCGUACCAGGGAUUCGCCACGGGCGACAUUGACCGCGACGCCGCGGCGGUGCGGCUCUUCGCCGAAGAAGGCCACGGUUUCGCGAUGGCCCAGUCCUUCGCCAAGAACAUGGGCCUGUACGGAGAACGGACGGGCGCCUUCACGCUCGUCUGCGGCUCCAAGGAGGAGGCCGACCGUUGCCUGUCCCAGAUCAAGAUCAUCGUGAGGCCGACGUACUCAAACCCGCCGCUCCACGGGGCCCGCAUCGCGCACCUCAUCCUGACCGACCAGGAGCUUCGCCAGCAGUGGCUCAAGGACGUCAAGGGCAUGGCGGAUCGGAUCAUUGGCAUGCGCACGAGGCUGAGGGACGGCCUGACCAGAGAAGGAUCCUCCCGCAACUGGCAGCACAUCACGGACCAGAUCGGCAUGUUCUGCUUCACGGGCAUGACGCAGGAGCAGGUAGCGAAGCUCACCAAGGAUUUCAGCGUCUACCUGACCAAGGACGGCCGUAUCUCGGUGGCGGGAAUCUCGUCUGGGAACGUGGACUACCUUGCGCAUGCCAUGCAUCAAGUCACCAAGUGAGACGGCGGCCAAGAGGGCCGGGUGAGAGGGACUACGUGCUGGAGCAGGACUUGAAAGGAGUCAAAACAAUGAAAAGUUGGCUAGGGAGACUUCAACCGCCCAUGGAGAAACAGGUUUAGCACUUGUUCUGAUAAGCCCAGUUUUGAUGCUACAUGAAGGCAAGUGACUUAACAGUACAGUAACAAUUUAAUUGUCCCGGUUGAUGCUUGUUAGGAAGAAAACGCUUUGUACAUUUCACCGGUGGUAGAGAUUGUCGGGCAGGGGGUGUUGGAUUUUCCCAGAAUUUUGGAUUAGAAAUGUUUGUACCAAUUGUGCGCAUCAACAGAACUGCCAAAUACCUUAUGACAAUAUGGUAUUAUUGGUAAUAUGGUAUUAUAUGGUGUUAUAGACAGGUGAAGGGGGGAGGGGAGGGGUGCCUCUAGGGCUGAGCCCCCCAGUGAAGUGCAGCCACCCCAUAAUCAUAACAGCCCCCCCCCCCCCCCCCCCCCCCUUUGAAAACAAUUCCUGCUCCCAUAUCGAUUAUGAAUUUAAAUAAAUUUGGGAUCUUUAAUAACCAGGUGAGGUGUAAUCACAUUUUAAUUAUAUUUAUGCAGAAGUAUUAGCAUUUCCCAUGAAGCGUGCACCUCUUUCUGUUCUCAAGGUUUAGAAUUUCGAUGACAAUGCGUCUCAAAUGGAACGGCUCUCUGGAAUGUCUCGCGUGGUUGCUUGCUUUUGCAUUUCUGAUAGUGUUGUAGGGUGGAGAUAUUCGUUAUGCCUGCAGGUUCAUUUGUGUUGGGCUGUUGCAUCUCUUUACAGCACUCAUUAUUGUCCCACUUAUUUAGCGAGGCUCAGUCAUUCACAACAAGAGUAUGACCUAGUUAUGUUUUGUUGCAGCUUCUUAAAAGAAAUGUGUGGCAAUCAAAAGCCAUUUAGGUUACCAAAAUAAAAUAAUUUGUUUUAAGCCAU